GGAUCAUAACACAGGGGACACGCCCACUAAAUUACAGUUCAGCUGUCCGUGUUUCCCCUGGUUCUUAAAUAAGUUUCCACCAGUGGGACGACAGUCUGAGAAGAAGGACCAAACUGAGCUGCCUGCCUCCUGCACACUCCUGCUGAGCCUCACGAGUGUUGAUUUUGGAUCAUGUCUAAGAAGUUGGGAAACCGCGGGCAGGAGAUUGAGACGCUGGUGGAGGCGUCCAUCAUCCGCAUCCCGCCUCAUCACUACAUCCAUGUGCUGGACCAGAACACCAACAUCGCCCGGGUGGAGAUCGGACCGCUCACCUACAUCCGCCAAGACAAUGAGAGAGUGCUGUUUCUGCCGGUCCGGAUGAUCAUGGUGCCGCCGCGGCACUACUGUGUGGUCAUCAACCCCGUGGCUCGAGAUGAUGACAACCAGGUCCUCUUUGACCAGUCAGGUCAGGCCAAACUUCGCCACGCUGACCUGGAGAUCCGCCUGACCCAGGACCCGUUCCCUCUGUACCCAGGAGAGGAGGUCCAGCAGGAUGUGACUCCGCUUCAGAUCGUGUAUCCCGACACGGCGCUGCGUCUUCAGGCUCUGCUGGACUUUGAGGAGGAGGGAGGAGAGAAGAGGGUGGCCGGAGACGAGUGGCUGUUCGAAGGACCAGGGACCUACAUUCCAAAGAAGGAGGUGGCAGUGCUGGAGACCAUCAAGGCCACCGUGAUCAGAGAGAACCAAGCUAUCAGACUGAGGGCGCGCAAGGAAGGAGUGGACAGAGGAGGAGUCCGCAGGGUCACAGGUGAGGAGUGGCUGGUCAGUAAGGUGGGAGCGUACCUUCCAGGUGCCCAUGAAGAAGUCAUUGACAUUGUGAACGCUUUCAUCCUGACUGACAAGAAAGCGCUUCAUGUUCGCGCCCUGCGGCCCUUUAAAGAUGCUGGUGGGCGGGACCGCCGCACAGGGGAGGAGUGGCUGGUCACCAUGGCCGACAGGGAGGCUCACAUUCCUUCUGUGGCGGAGGAGGUGGUAGGAGUGGUGGAUGUGACCACUCUGAGCAGCAGACAGUACUGUGUGAUCCUGGACCCAGUCGGACCCGACGGGAAACCCCAGCUGGGACAGAGGAAGGUGGUGAAGGGUGAGCGCUCAUUUUUCCUGCAGCCGGGUGAGCAACUUGAACAGGGCAUCCAAGAUGUCUAUGUGUUGUCGGAGGAGGAGGGUCUGGUGCUGAGAGCUGUGGAGGCUUUCACUGACACUGAGGAGCGCGAUGAGGAAGAAGAGGAGGUGGAGGAAGAGGAGCUGAUGCAGGAGAGGGCGAAGCGCUCGCGGAGAAGCGGCAUCCUCCGUCGCCCUGGAGACCGCUGGAUGCUACGGGGUCCCAUUGAGUACGUCCCCCCUGUUGCUGUUGAGGUGUUGGUGAAACGACAGGCCAUCCCAUUGGAUGAGAACGAGGGCAUCUACGUCAGGGACAUCACAACUGGAAAGGUGCGUGCAGUGAUCGGUCACACCUACAUGCUGACUCAGAAUGAGGAGCUGUGGCAGAAGGAACUUCCUCCCAAUGUGGAGGCCCUGAUAGUUUCUCCUCUCGAUCCGCUUGCCGACCGCUCGGACCGGACCAGAACCGGAGAGGCUCGGGUCAGGGACAAGACCAGGGUGGUUUCCUACAGGGUCCCCCACAACGCUGCGGUCCAGGUCUAUGACUACAGAGAGAAGAAGGCCAGGGUGGUGUUCGGACCAGAGAUGGUGAUGCUUGGGCCUGACGAGCAGUUCACCGUGCUUUCUCUGUCUGGAGACAAACCAAAGAGGGCCAACGUCAUUAAAGCCAUCUGCCUCCUGCUGGGGCCCGACUUCUUCACCGACAUCAUCACCAUUGAGACAGCUGACCACGCCCGGUUGCAGCUGCAGCUCUCCUACAACUGGCACUUUGAUGUAAAGUUUCCAGUGGACCCUGCUGAUGCAGCAGCUCUGUUUUCAGUUCCUGACUUUGUCGGAGACUCCUGCAAAGCCAUUGCCUCCCGAGUCAGAGGAGCCGUCGCCUCCGUGCAGUUUGAUGAUUUCCACAAGAACUCAAACCGGAUCAUUUGCUCAGCGGUGUUUGGGUUCGAUGAGAAGCUGGCGGUUCGUCCCAGCCUUCGCUUCAACCAGAACAAUCUGAUGAUCAGCAGCGUGGACAUCCAGUCUGUGGAGCCCGUUGACCAGAGGACACGAGAUGCCCUGCAGAAGAGCGUCCAGCUGGCCAUCGAGAUCACCACCAACUCCCAGGAGGCCGCUGCACGGCAUGAGGCGGAGCGCCUGGAGCAGGAGGCACGGGGUAAACUGGAGAGGCAGAGGAUCAACGACCAGGCCGAGGCUGAGAGAGCCAGGAAGGAGCUGCUGGAGCUGGAGGCACUCAGUGCUGCGGUGGAGAGUACAGGAGCUGCGAAGGCUGAGGCUCAGUCUCGGGCAGAGGCAGCUCGUAUUCAGGGAGAGGCGGCGGUUCACGAGGCCAAAUUGAAGGCUGAAGCUCAGAGGAUUGAGGCGGAGGCAGAGCUCGAGCGGCUGGCGAAGGCUCGUGAGCAGGAGCUGAGCUACAAGAAGCAGAUGGACAGUCUGGAGGUGGACAAGCAGAAGAGUCUUGCUUUCAUCGAGAGCGAGCGCUUCAGUAAGCUGGUGGAGAGUCUGGGCACCGACACGCUGACGGAGAUGGCCAGAGCCGGGCCCGAGCUGCAGGUGAAAAUGCUGCAGGCUCUGGGGCUGAAGUCGACCCUGAUCACAGACGGGUCUUCACCCAUCAACCUCUUCACCACAGCCAAUGGCCUGCUGGGGGCGUUGCCGGGACAGGGACUGGGACAGUGAGGAUAAGAAGAGGAGAUGGAAUAGGGAACACAAUGUCCAAAAGUAAACUUCAACAGAUGCUCGUCUUUCUGACACACAGAAACUUAAGAGUUUCUAAUGGCCGAUACUAUAGCAAGACAAUGUGCCUUUUAUAGAUUUAAAGAUACACUUCAUGGAUUGGCUAAAGCACCCCAAAAACACCCUCCCACAUCACUGUAGAUGUUUUAAAUAUCCACUUUAGGUGGUCACUUUUUUGCUCUGUAAGAAAACCAGGCAGUGCAUCUUUAAAAUCUUUAAUAAAACCAUUUUCAUGCCACGAUUUGCAAAAACUGAAAACUCUGGAGUUUCUUCGAGAAUUGAGUCUGAAAGAUGAAGUGUCUUAGUCUGUUUAUUUAGACUGUAGGAAACCAAAGUCCCUCCUUCCACGUUCCAACUCUGUACGUUUCCUUCACAUACCUGACAACACUUUGAUGGCCGACACAUUAAAACUGCGUGACACAAACUGACAAUAUCAGCCCUAAUCCUGUCUCUUUUCUCUCUUCAAUAAGCCUUACAUCUUGCUUUAGCUGACCCCCGGUAGUUGAAGUUGUCACCUCACUGUGAUGUGUGAUUACAGAUGAGGUCAGUGAAACAGUUUAUUGAUCUCUUUCAGCUUCUGUCACUUUUGCACUUUGAGCUCUUAAAAUGAGAAUCAGUGGUUUAUUUUUGGACAGAAAACCAGCAUGAAGACAUGUUGUGUAUCAUGGUGAAACAUUUAAAUAAACCUGUGCUGCAUAUGAAGAAGAAAUGUGCCUAUAAACAAACUGACAGUGUGUACUCAUAUAAUCUGACAGCUAGAGAUUCCUGUUUCUGCUUUGCACUAUGUCCUCCAGAAAUAAACAGUUAUUGCUGAUGUUUACAUGGUCGAUAUUAAACUUUUAAUGUUUCUGUGUGGUGGUAAUAAAAUAAAAUAGGAUAGUUUUGACCGCCUCUCUUUGCCUUACAAUCUGCUGUUGUUUCUACGUAAAGAACUGUGUGUGAGGCCAUUAAAAUACUGCUGCCA